AUGACCCAACCACCAAGCCACCCACAACCCUCCUCCCCGCUCUCCCCCCUCUCCCCCUCCGACUCCCCCCCUCCUCCCGCCUACGGCGACUCCCUAGAUUUGGACCACAUCUCCCUCUCGCGCGCCGGUUUCCAAGCCGGUGCAGCCCUCACCUCCGACGGCCGCAUCAACAUCUCCAUCUCCGAAAAGAACCACCGCCUCUCUCAACUGCUCGCUCCCGCCCUGCGCAACCAACUCUCCGGCCAUCCCCCUUCACCCAUCACCACCACCACCGGCGGUCCACUUCCACCUCCCUACAUCCCCACCAGCCUAGGCGGCCAUCCGGGCCAGACACCCCCGCCUAAAUUGAAUGUAGUCAUCCAAAUUGUCGGAUCCCGAGGGGACGUCCAACCCUUCGUGGCAUUGGGCCAAACGCUGAAGCAGACAUACGGACAUCGAGUGCGGGUGGCUACGCACCCUGUCUUUCAGAAAUUCGUGGAGGAAAGCGGACUCGAGUUUUUUAGUAUCGGUGGGGAUCCGGCGGAGUUGAUGGCGUUUAUGGUCAAACACCCUGGGUUGAUGCCGGGGUUUGACGCCAUCAAGACGGGAGAGGUGACGAAGCGGAGAAAGGGAGUCAUGGAGGUGUUGAUGGGGUGUUGGAGGAGUUGUUUUGAAGCGGGCGAUGGGACGGGGCCGCCGCCGAGGGAGUGGAAGAAGGGAGACAGAAAUGCAGAGGGAGUACCGGUGGGGCAGGAUGGAUGGACGGUAUCAUCAUCAUCAUCAUCGGGAACGGGGGGGAAGCCGUUUGUGGCGGAUGCGAUUAUUGCAAAUCCGCCCAGUUUUGCGCAUAUUCACUGCGCGGAGAAGUUGGGGAUUCCAUUGCAUAUGAUGUUCACGAUGCCAUGGUCACCAACAAGGGCCUUCGCCCAUCCGCUAGCCAACAUCGAGGCCUCCAACGCUGAUGUCAACAUCACCAACUACAUCUCUUAUGCCCUGGUAGAGAUGAUGACCUGGCAGGGUUUAGGAGACGUCAUCAACCGCUUCAGAGAGAAGGUGCUCGACCUCGAACCUCUUUCCCUACUAUGGGCGCCAGGACUGCUCACCCGUCUACGCAUACCGACAACCUACUGUUGGUCUCCUGCUCUGAUCCCAAAGCCCAACGACUGGGCUCAGGAGAUCAGCGUAGCAGGUUUCUACUUUCUCGAUCUGGCGACUAAUUACACCCCUGAGCCCGAUCUUGCCGCUUUCCUUGCCGCUGGUCCGCCACCGGUAUACAUCGGCUUUGGUUCCAUCGUCGUUGAUGACCCCGACGCCUUAACCCGUCUCAUCCUCCGUGCCGUAGCCAAGUCGGGUGUUCGAGCUCUCAUUUCCAAGGGAUGGGGUGGCAUCGGCCUCACCGAAGACAUCACGCAGGCGGACUGGGCCCCUCGUCCGGAUCAGUACUUCAUGCUCGGCAACUGUCCACAUGAUUGGCUAUUCAACCGCGUCUCGGCCGUGGUUCAUCAUGGAGGAGCAGGCACCAGCGCAGCAGGCAUCAAGGCCGGAAAGCCUACCGUCGUGGUUCCCUUCUUUGGCGACCAACCCUUCUGGGGAGCCAUGAUUGCCAAGUCUGGUGCUGGCCCCAAGCCAAUUCCGAACAAGGAGCUGACAGCGGAGAACCUGGCAGCAGCGAUCCAAGAGGCGCUCAAGCCAGAGACACUGGCAAGGGCGAAAGAGCUCGGAAACAAGAUCAAAGAGGAGAAGGGAGCUGAUGAAGGUGGCAAGACCUUUCAUCAGUUCUUGGACGUCGAUGCUCUGCGGUGCAGCUUGUCGCCCAGCAGAGUUGCCACGUGGAGAGUUAGGAGGACAAAGGUCAGGUUGAGUGCGUUUGCUGCCGAGGUAUUGGUCAGGGAAGGGUUGUUGCAGUACUCGGAUCUGAAGCUGUUCCGAGCAAAGGAGCACAUCACCGAUGGUCAGCCAUGGGAUCCUAUUACAGCUGUUACAGCGGCUCUGGUGGAGGACCUUGGGACAAUGGCCAUGUCGGUUGCCGACUUCCCCAGGGGAAUCUUCAAAGCCAAGGAGGCGAGAAGGGCGAGAAACCUUUCGGGUGGUAAUGGUCAGGCUUUAGGAUCCGAAACACCAGCAGACGGAGCUCAUGGGGCUUCAUCUCCCCAGGCGCACGGCGCCCUCAGCCCCGAAAGCCAACCAGGGUCCUCUUACUUUCCUCCCACAGCGGGAGAUACCGCAGAAGGAGCAUCCCGGUCGGCAUCUGAUGUCAAGGGCAAGGGAAAGUCCGUACCUUCAGGUACGCAUAGCAGAAAUGACUCUUUCAGGGGCUCAUUCAACCAGCGUUCCACAAGUGGAGGUGGGGGUCCAUCAACGCCCGGUGGCACCGCAAACAUGUCUGGGGCCGCGAGUCCUCAGCUGAACCCAGAGGCGUUUAGUUAUAAGUCGGCUCGUGACGCUACCAGCAGCGUUGGCCGCUUGGUCGACACGGGUAUGAAGAUGCCCAUGAACGUGUGCCUCGGACUCGCGCGCGGCUUCCGCAACGCUCCUCGUUUGUACAACGAUGAUACCGUCAGGCCUCAGGAAAAGGUAACCGACUUUGCUUCGGGGGUGAGAGUUGCAACGAGGGAGUUUGGCUUUGGCAUGUAUGAUGGACUCUCUGGCCUAGUGACUCAACCCAUGAGGGGCGCAGAGAAGGAAGGUACCAAGGGAUUAUUGAAGGGAUUCGCCAAGGGGAUUGGUGGAGUUUUUCUGAAGCCUGGUGCUGCCAUAUGGUCGAUUCCUGCCUAUACCAUGCAAGGGCUCAAUGCCGAAGUCAGAAAACUGUUUAGCGGCGGCGGUUGGAUGAACCAUAUUAUGACAGCCAGGGCGCAGCAGGGCAGAGAAGAGAUGGAGCAUGCGACGAGAGAGGAGGUGAAAGAUGUAGUGGCAAGGUGGCAGGAGAAGAGGUGGGAAGAUGUGGCUAAAGGGGGUGUUCAAGGGAAAGGAAAAGGAGUCGUCUCACCGGGCACGCCAGCCGGAGGAGCGGGUGGCAGCUCGGGUCAGGGACAGGCUCGAAGCGGAGUGGCUGCUGUUGUCGGGGCGAGCAAUGACGCCGAACUGGAAAGGGCCAUUCAAGCUUCGAUCCAGCAGACUUCCAAUGGUGAUCCCCAGGAAGACGCUCGGGUUGAGGCUGCCAUCAGACUCAGUCUUGCUCAGAUGCAACACCAAAUGGCUUCGCAAGCUCAGCAGCCGCCUCAACAUGACGGAACCGUACCAGCUAGGUAUUCAGACCUCAAAUCGCCUCCUGGCGGCUGGUCACAAUCAGCAACUGGUCCUCCUCCUCCCUCUUCGGCAGAUGUGGCAUCACCAGCGGCACAACCCCCUGCAUAUUCGGCCGACUACCAACAACACCCACCUCCACCUGAGAAAUCGUCGCUUGCGCAAGCCAUGAUCGAUGAGUACUUUACCGGCAUUUCAGACGAGGAGUACCAAGCCCUAAUAGAAGAGGCUGUUCAGCAAAGUAUCCGCGCUCAGAUGAAUCAGCCAUCGACAAUGAGCGCCGAGGAGGAGAAGGACCUCCUGAAGGCGAUCGAGGCAUCCAAAUCUACCUACACAUUUGGGGAUGUACCGCCUCCACCGCCGGCCUAUCAGUCAAGUGGGUUCACUUCAAUCGCCACGCCCAGCAUUCCCAACAACGGAGAGGCAGGUGGGGGUCCCGAGGAGGAGGAGGAAGAGAUGAGGAAAGCGCUCGAGGAAAGUGAGCGCAUGGAUAGAGAGCGGAGGGAGCAGGAAGAGAGGGAGAAGCAGGAAGAGGCGAUUGUGUUGGAGUGGGUGAAGAGGCAGAGUUUGGCCGAGGAGCGCUUCAGAGGUGGGAGUCAAAGGGGCCUUGGAGGAGGUGAGGGGAGUGGAGGUGGAGGUGGAGGUGGAGGUGGAAGUGGGGGUGGCCAGGGGCAGGUUCAGAGACAGACCCAAGCGCAGACGCAGGAACAAGGUCACGUACCGCGGCAAUAUCAACCAGCGCAGGUUCAAAGCGAAAGUCGGGGACAAGAGCUGGAAGGUAAUUUUGAAGCUGAUGAGCACCAUGGACCCAUCCAAAUGGAAGAUAGGGAUUACGAUGAGGAGGAAGAGUUUAGAAGGGCGCUUGAGGAAAGUAUGAGGAUCAGUGGCCAGGGAGAUAGUAGGGGGCAAUAAGGGAUGAUGGAUAGAUGGCCUUUACUCACCAACAUGUUAGAUAUUUGCAUUCAUUUCUUGGAAAAAGGUACAUCUCGUGGCAACGUGAACUGAGUGGGUCGAGAAGAGAUCAUGAUGUGUGGGGGUGCACGGCCACCUCCACUUCAUGCAGGCCCCGCAAUGCCAGACAGAGCGAGGCACUCAGCAAGUAGGUAGUGUAUACAGUACAUCGAAUGCACCUGCAG